GUUUAACAUCCAGCGAGUACUCCACACGCUUCCACCGGAUAUCGCCGUGUAGUCGCAAUGUAGUUGUUGGAUAAGCGAGCGGUUGAGCGGUUGUGUGAACAAACGAGAGUAGGUCGUACGGUCGAUUUUAUUGUUGAUCAUGACGGUCACGCAUUGCGCUACACAUAGAUACUUUUUUUUUACAGUAAAUGCGAAAUGGAACUGAAAGUAGCAAAAGUAAAAAGAUAAUAAAUAAAAGACCGAAAAACUUUGAGUUAAGUGUAUAAUUAAGAAAAACAACGAGUUCGGCGAGAACAAAAAAAAAAUACAUUGGACAAUUACCGUCGUAACCGACUAAAAAUAAUUACGCGCCUCCGCAGCGCACCAGCCCGAAAUUCACCUCCAAAAAACCCACACUUCCCAGCCCCUUUCACGUCUCCUACAUUCUUAUAAAUCAAAUACAAAAAAAAAAACAAUGAUCAAAUUGAAAUCGUUGUUCCGCAGAGGGCAAGGACCCUCGGGUUCCUCGAAGCACUCCUCCUCAUCGAGCAACCGCCACAAAUCGCAGUCCAGCACUUCGCUGAAUACGGUCGGCAGCAGUCAGGAGCCAGCAGCGGCACAGCAGCAAGCAGCAGCCGGCGCUACCGCCUCGUCCGCCACUUUCUAUCCGCCAAUCGAUCCGGCCACGGAGCGCGGCGUUGACGUGGGCGACGGUGAAUUGAAUCUUGUUGCACCAUUGGCAGCGCGUACGCGCAGUCGCACACCCGAAACGCUGCGCAGCGCGCACAACAACGCCAUAUCAGCGGUGAACAACGCUAAUACUUUGCCGCACAAGAAGCCAAAAGUUGCCGGCGCAACCAAGAAGGGUCAGAAGCAGCCGAAGCAAUUGCCCGCCAACGCGGGCGCGCAGCCUCCACAACCACCACCACGCGCCGAUAUCGUAGUUGCCGCCGCACCAGCUGGCAAUGUAAUGACGACAAUAGCUGCCGCGCCGGGAAGUCACAAUUCCGCGGUUAAUACAGCGGCCACAGCAGUCGCGGCAGCAACAAAUAAUAAUUACACAGGCGGUGAAUUGAUUAGCAGCGCAACGGCUGCUCAGGCGCCGCUGCCAACGCAACGUGGUGUCACCGCAACAGCAGCUGAAGCGGGCAUCGAUCUGUACAAGUUGAACGCGGCCAAUUAUCAGCAAUUCAUCAACAACGAGCAACUAUUGCAGCAACAACAACAACAACAGCAACAACUAUUAGAGGCUAACAACAAAAUGCAGGAUCUGCAAGCGCAGCUAGAACGUAUGGGGCAUGAGAAACUUUUACUGGAAGCGCGUAUUGCCGAAUUACUGCCGUACCAGAGUGAAGUCGCCAAGCUAAAGGCGGAGCUGCAUAAGAUGCAGACCCAGCAGGAGAAAAGUCAAUUGGAGGUGGCAAAUCUCAAGUACGAGAAUGAAUCGUUGCGCAAUCGCUUGCGUGAUGUCGUCAAUUCGCCGUUAUCAGAUGCGGAGAAACAUCAAAUCAUACAGGAUUCCCAGCGUUUACACAGUUCGGCGCCGGCAUCGAUUGCGCUGCCAAGUUUCACCGAUAACGAUGUGGGCACGCCCUGUCUCACGCCCGACUGGGACAAACACUCGUCGUCUAGUGAAAUCUCGGUUGCCUGUCUGCAGGAUAAGAUCAUUCAAAUGGAGGAGACGCACUACUCCACCAAUGAAGAACUUCAGGCCACACUCCAAGAGCUGGCUGACUUGCAGGCCCAAUUGAGUGAUGCACAAGCGGAAAACGAACGCUUGGCCGAGGAGAAGGAUGUGCUUUUUCAGACACUCUGUCGCCAAACGGAGAAACUAAACGAUUCACGCACCCAAAUCAAUACGCUACGCACGGAAAUUAGCUCCUCUGAGCGCGAACGUAAACUACUCGAUCUGAUUAAAACGUCGCAGGAGGAACGCGAAGGGAUACUCGUCAAGCAGGAAGAGCUCAACGCAGAAAUGCAAGAGUUGCGUCAGCAAUUGGAUGCUUCUAUGGCGGACUGCACACGCGCUCGUGAACGCAACGGGCUGCUGGAUUCCACCGUCGAUGCGGCAAAUGCCGAACGCAAACAAAUGGAACAACAGCUAGCGCAGGCCAAAGAGGAGAUCUCCCAGCACAGCAUCGAGAUAAGCCGCUUAAGUACGCUGCUGGAAAAUGCACGCUCCAAGAUCGAGGAGCUGGAACAAGAUUUGGCGCGUGGCGAAAAGACAGAUUUAACCGAUUUAUUGGAUGCGGCACGCAAGGAGAAAGAUGCGCUCGAGGAGCGUGUGGCCGAGAUGCAGGAUCAGUACUCGCGGAGUCAGGCGGAGAUAAGACGUUUAAAAGAGCAGCUUUCCGGUGUGACCGAGGAGUGCAAGGUGGCCAAGAAUAAUGCGAAGUGUGCCGUCUCGCAUCUAGAAUAUCGGCUGGAGCAGUUGCAGCAGGAGAAGGACAAGCUGAGUGGCGAGCAUCAGCAGCUAGUCGAGAGCACCGCCGAAUUGCAGGUGCAAUGUAAAUGCCACUUGGAAGACAAGCAGCAACUGCAGAAUUUACUCAGCGAAACGCAGAAGCAUUUGGGCGAUGUGGAGAGUAAGCUGAACACGACCGAAAAGCAGCUGGAGGAGGAGGUGAAUCUGCGGAAGCAAGAGGCGGAGGAAUGGCAACAGUUCCAGUCGGAUCUAUUAAUGACCGUACGGGUUGCCAACGAUUUUAAGACUGAAGCGUUGAGUGCACGCGAACAGCUUGUGCUUGACAAUAAGACGCAAAAGGAGAAGAUACGGCUGUUGGAGCAGCAAAUCGACAAGUUGACGAAGCAACAAAUGCAACAAAACGAAACACAGCAAUCAGUGUUGAGCACAGUCCAACAGGAAAUGGCUUCACGACGUAGCAAAAUCGGCAGCAGCUUGAAUCGUCAGGACUCGCGGUUGUCGGUGAAAACGCUUAUCGAAAGCAUUGAAAACAAUAAACCCAAAGUAGAGGAGGCUGAGUCACAUUACAGCUCCACAUCCAGCUUAAAUAGCGCCGCGCCAGAUAUAACCUCCAAUUUGCUGCCGACAGCCGGGAAUACGGGUGUUACAAAUACCGACUGGAGUGAGAAUAUCCGUCUACAGACCACAGCAACGACACCAGCCACCAACACAAGCAACAGUCAAUCCAAUAGCUCAAUUCCUUCUAAAGGCCCAUUGCGUGAGCAACAACAACAACAGCAAGCAUCGCCAGCAGCUACAACGCAUUCUUCCUUAGUCUCUAAUCUACAUCAUUUUAGUGGAUUGAACAAUGUGACCGGCAAAUCCCUUAUUAGUGGCGAACGCAAAGAUCCUUUGAAUAUGCUGGCGAAAAAUGGUGGCUCGAAGCGAAAUGCACUGCUGAAAUGGUGUCAAAAUAAAACAGUUGGCUAUCGCAAUAUAGAUAUAACGAAUUUCAGUUCGUCUUGGAACGACGGUUUGGCGCUUUGUGCGAUAUUGCAUUCCUAUCUGCCAGAUCGUAUACCCUACGACACACUUAAUCCGACAAAUAAGCGACGUAACUUCUCGUUGGCGUUUGCGGCGGCGGAAUCUGUAGGCAUUCAAACGACGCUGAACAUCAACGAUAUGUGUCAGAUUGAAAGACCCGACUGGACGCAGGUGAUGACCUACGUUACUGCAAUUUAUAAACAUUUCGAGACGUAGGUGCAGCAAGCUUGCAUAAUCAAUUACUUAUUGAGCUGAGACGUAACGUUAAUGUAUGAACCUGGCACUUUUAAUGCGCUUUUGUUACCCUGCGUGCGGCGGCUGCUGCUGCGUGUGCAUGUGCUUUCAGUCCAACAAAAUAAACGAAAAUGGGAAAAUAUUAAGACUUAAUCGCAGUAUAAUGUAGACUUACAAACAAAAAAGAAGCACAUUUAGUGGCAAUGGCGUAACACAUACACUUUAGUAUCACACUCUUGUUCCAUAGAUUAUUUUAUUUUAAUUUUUCAUUUUUAUUAUUGUAAUUACUUUACACAUAUUUAAUUUAUUGAAUAAAAGCAAGAUUAAUGAUUUAUUGA